CACACAGCUUAGUUUCAGUGUUUCUUUAUUCUGCAGCAGACGCAGUCCUUACGGAGCCGCUUCACGGCUUCAGGCUGCUGACUUUGUGUUGAUGGUUUGUUCUCCAAUGCAUCUGCAGCUUUUUCAUAGAGAGUAAUGGCAUCAGAAGAUGAGCAACAUGUUAAGUAGGCUGCUUCUUUUGCUGUUUGGGUCCUUACAGAGAGGGUUUUCUCAGAUUCCAGAGUGGAACACAGAGCUGGAAGUUAGUGGUGAGACAGAAUGGACUCCCCAGCCGGGCUUCGCAGACUACACUUACUGGUCAGGGACGGCUCCCAUCUGUGUGGGAGGCUGCAAGGCACGCCACCGAGAGCUGAGGAGAGAUCGCUGCGGAAACUCCAGCUGCUGCUGGUUCGGCUACAAGUCCCUGUGUAGAGUGAACUGUGGGAGGCCUGACGUGGACUACAAUGGAGUAGUGUAUGGUAAUGACUGGUGGGUGGGCUCCUUGGUGAGGUACGCCUGUCGCUCUGGCUUCAAGCUGGUGGGAAACCCCACCAGAUCGUGCCAGCCCAGCGGCCUCUGGACCCCCAGACCCACAUGCCUCAGGAUGUGCCAACGGGGAAGCGUUGAGAUCAAUGAGAGAGAACUGAACGGGACCUGUAACUCCACGUGUGCAGAUAAAAGCUACUUCGGCCCACCCAAACUAGGCUGCAGUCAGAUUGACAACUGUAAAAAGAAGGAGACGGGCUGGAAACGGUUCUUUGCUCAGUGCGUCCCUUGCAUUUGUGACUGCGCUUUGUCAUGCGUAUCUGCAGGCUAACACAGAGGGAAAGGAUGCUGAUUUCACGGAGACUUCAAAGAGGAGAUGCAGACUCUUCUGAGUGUUUAAUCCAAGUGCUCAGAUACAUCAAUCGACCAAAACCUGGAUGUUUUAAGACUUCAAUUUGCUCUCUCUGACACAUGUGAAAGCAUGUGCAAAAGUAUACAGCCAUGACAAGAUGUGUAUUUCUGAGUGUGAUAUCUGUUUGGGGUCAAUUAGGAUUGUAAACCUCACUCAAAAUAUGAUAUAUGAUGACAAGAAGGAGAAAAAGAAACAGAUAAUGACUUGAAAUCACUUGAAAAGUGUUGGAGUGGUUGUGCAAGGUAACUAUGUGGGAUCAAAUUAAAAAAACAAUUCAGUCAAACUCAAGUCUGAGACCCCUUUUGAGACAACUUUUUCUCAACAUAAUUUCCUGUCACAAUUUCUUUCCAACCACCAGUGUUUCACAGAAUG